AUGGUUGAUAAAUUGGGAGUAUGGUCGACGAAUAUGAAUAUGAGCAGGCAUGAUAUGAACCCAGCAACGGAAAAAUCAACAUUCCAACGUUUGAGCCAGAAGCAUUUGGAUAAAAUAUUUGACAUAUAUGAAGAAGAGUAUGACCUUUCCUAUGAAUCAAGAUAUGAACAUAUGUCAAGCCUUAAGGAGUGGAUAUGGAAUGACUCCUACGUGUUAGACAAGGAAACCUUUUUAUUAAAACCAGGACCCAGCGAACCUUUCGAUGACAAGGGCAUCAAUCUAAAGAGUAAAGUAAAAGAGUCAGCAUUAAUAAAUGGGAAGUUAGAGUGGCACCACUUCUUUUGAUAAUCUUAUCAUGUUGUGCAAAUGUUAAACCAUAUUGUAUAAGUAAUGCAGAAUUGUGGUAAGUUAAUCGAUAUGCAUAAUACUUUUAUCAAUUCCCCUAAUAAAUAGUGCAUCAGUGUUUGCCUCGUAUCCGAACGUUGGGUUUCUAUUCAAACGUGUACUACGAGCCAGCAUUCGUCAUGGAUGAUCAGUUGUACUCUAUUGUAUUUCCAGGAUCGUUUUUAUUAUAUGAAUAAACUUUAAUUGAUGUUGUAAA